UUUGUGUGUUUUAUUUUUGGUGUGAUGUAAAUGUACAUGAUAACUGUAUGUUCUCUUUCAUCAUCUCGUGUUCGAGAUCCACCUAUGGGAAGGGCAUUCGUACCUGACCUCUGCAGAAGCAUCCAAUUGCACCAAGUCUGGCUAGACAGACAGAAGCGCGCAGCCAAUGCCAGGUAAGGGCCCACCCCCUUACCUAGGGGUAUAAUAAUGGCUGCAGCGCUGCUAUUCCCCAGUUGACAUUCGCUUCUCGCGAUCUCUGCAUUGACACAGUUUGGUUGGAUUACGAUGCUCACCUUCGUGUCUUCAGGAGGACAUAUCAAUUGAUCAGCCUCCGCCUGACGUGACUGUCGUCUUCUCAGCUUUUUCUACUGUGUUCUGCAUUCAGGGCCACCGCGCUCUUGUCGUUUUCACCUGCUCCCACGGCUGCCCGCCACGGAUUUUUCCGAUUUCUUCUCCGGUAUGUCGCUUUCUAUACAUAACGCUUCUCCAGGGAAUAGCCUAUCACGGGCCUGCCCGGCCGCGUGUGGAGCACUCAUCGCUGCUAAGGACCUUCACCUGUUCUGCGUGGUUUGCUUGGGCCUUAAACACGCUCAAGAAGCCUUGGAGAACGUGGAAAAUUGCAGUCAUUGCCUUAUGCUGCCCAAAAAUGUUUUACGACGCCGUCUUAAGGUUGCAGCGAUCCAGUGCUCCGAGCUCGGUUUUACUGACUCAGAUCUGGGACACGGUGACAACGACGCAUUACCGGGUGACUUCCGGGGCGCCUCCUCACUUGUUUGGGCUGACCAGCCCAAUCCCGCAUUCCCCGAAGAGGACAUCUUCGUGGGCAACGUCAUGCUCGCCGACGAACCGGCCGGUUCCGGCGAUGAGGAUGAUGCGGCCCUUCUCAGGGUCUCAGAAGACGAGGAUGUCAUCCCAACCUCUGGUGUUCCCCAGGCUAGCGGCCACGCAGCCCUGCCUCAGUCCAUCCUCCUAGAAGUGUGUGAGCGAGUGGCCACUCGCCUCAACAUUGAGUGGCCAGCUCCACAGAGCGUCACCGACCAGGAGAGGGAUAUUUACGACGGAAAAGUGUUGGGAUCUCCUCCCGGUCCAGGGAAACAACUCUUCCCCGUCCUUCCAGCGUGCGCUAAGCAUAUGAGGCACAACUGGAGCAAACCGCUCGACUUCAAACACGGCCUUUCGGGCCUUGAAGUAAAGGAUAUGGCAGCUCAUGGUAUGGGCGACCCCCCCGCUAUCGAGCCUUCCAUCGCCAGGCACCUUAACCCCGCUCAGGGCGGGCUGCUCGCUCCCCCUAAGCCGGUCUUGCCCAACAAGCUGGACUGUUUUUCUGCCUCAGUUCACCGGGCCGCAUACAAGUCCUCGGCCUUGGCUGUCAGAGCCCUGAACGUCUCGUCUCUCCUCUCCGCUUACCAGGCGGAGAUUUUGGACGAAUUAGGGCAACAGCUAAAAAAGCGAACUCCUUCUCUACACUUGUGGAAGGAGAUCCUCACGGUGAACGACCUCAUCCUUCGUAAUGCUCGGCAGGCCGUCCAAGCCUGCGGGCGCUCUAUGGCGCUUUCUGUGGUGGGAGAGCGCGCGCUCUGGCUUAACCUGUCAGGCCUUCCUGACAGUGAGAAGCGGCGCAUCGCGGGCGCAUCGAUGGAGCCUGACCGGGCUCUCUUCGGCCCCGCCGUCGCAUUGAUGCAACAACAGCGUGACGACAAAAAGAAGGAGGACGAGGCCUUCAAGUUAUGUCUCCCUAGGGGGAAAAAUCGACUCCCGCCGCGGCUGGAGGACCAUCUAACCCUACCCCCAUCGACUCGAAACGUAAGCGGCCUGCCUGAUGUUCGAUUGAUGGGGGCAUCGAGUCCGCGUUCAUGGGCCACGAGCCCUUCGGACUCUCUCCCUGUCCCAGGACCCCCGUUCAAAAGACGCAGGGUCUCCCGCGGAUGGAUCGAUUCCUGUCCGUUCGAGGCUGCUCCGCCCAUGUGUUUAAUGAACGUUGUGUGUUCCCCUCUCACGUUCAGGGGGUCUGUUAUGAGUAAAAAUGCAAAAGCAGUGUCACCACACCGCAUACACUCUGUUCCCCUCACCCAACCAAUAAAGGCUUCGGCCCCAGUGUUUCCCCAACACAAAACACACAGAAAAACAAAAAACACAUUAAAACAAUCAACGAAUCAAAUGAAUUCGUUACGGAGAGAGGAUCUCUCUCCGCAGAGAGAGUCUAUCUCCCCGCGGAGAGAGGAAAUCUGUCUGAACCCCUGCAUGUUGCCCCUGGUGUGUCCACUAGAUGGCGCCAUUGCAUCACAAAUAAACCAGCUGGGCUUACACAGCCCCGCUGCAGCUCGGGUGGGAACACUUGCGAAUCACGAAUGGGCUUGGCAAACUGUUUCGGCUCCCAAGUGGGUGAUGCGUAUUAUAUUGCAGGGAUACAGACUGCAGUUUGCAAUGAAACCCCCUCAUUUCAACGGUGUUCUCUCUUCACACACGGAAGAGAACGCCUCACACAUUCUGAAAGAGGAAAUAUCCUCCCUCCUAAACAAGGGAGCGAUUCAGGUGGUGCCCCCCAUUCUGAUGAAUCAGGGAUUUUAUUCUCGUUAUUUCCUGGUCCCAAAAAAGGACGGCGCUCUCCGCCCUAUUCUGGACCUUCGUGUGUUAAACAAACAUUUGAGGAAAUACAAUUUCAGAAUGCUGACUCAUGGCUCGCUCGCCCGUGCCAUAAAACAGAACGACUGGUUCACAUCGGUCGACCUGAAAGAUGCUUUCUUCCAUAUAAGCAUUUAUCCGCCACACAGGAAGUUUCUUUGUUUCGCCUACCAAGGCACAUGUUACGAAUUCACAGUUCUGCCGUUUGGGCUCAGUCUAAGCCCCCGGUGUUUCUGUCUGUGUGCGGAGGCGGGUUUAGCACCCAUGAGAAUGUCAGGUAUGAGGAUUCUGACAUACAUAGACGAUUGGCUAAUCAUAGCCGAAUCGAAAGAGAAAGUGUUGAAGGACACCUGCCGUGUGCUCACGCACAUCACAUCUCUCGGGUUCAGAGUGAAUGUGAGCAAGAGCAAUUUUACACCCAGUCAGAAUGUCAUUUUCCUGGGUUUGGAGUUGAACUCAGUCUCCAUGCGAGCACGUCUCUCUCAAGAGCGCGUUCUCUCUCUAAUGAACUGUCUGUCGCAGUUCAGAGAGGGGGCGAAAGUACAAUAUCGCACAAUACUCAGGCUGAAGGGUCUUAUGGCUUCAUCAAUCCAGGUUGUACCGCUGGGACUCCUGAGAAUGAGAGCGUUCAUGAAAUGGGUUUUGUUACUACAUUUCAGCGCGAUCUUUGCCGCUCUGUAAUAGUGACGCGCGCCUACUCGGCAGCCUUGCGCCACUGGAAGAGCGCAGACUUUUACGCACAUGGAACCCCUCUGGGGACAGUUAUGAUGUGGAAAGU